UACAACAUGAAACUGUUUGUCUUCGUCUUGUUAGUGGCUGCUGCCACCGCAGCUCCAGCCAGCGAAAUUGAGGUGGUCGGCUUCCCCGAUGGCUUCCCACGUGUUGUAGGUGGUCACACCGCCAGCGAGCACCAAUUCCCAUGGCAGGUAUCUUUGCAAAGAAACAAAGACCACUUCUGCGGUGGUUCAGUACUCAAUGAAAAGUGGGUUGUCACUGCCGCUCACUGCAUCAGUGGUACUUUUGGAUUUGAGGCUGUAGCCGGAAAACACGAUUUGUCUAAAUCUGAAUCCACUGAACAACGUUCAGCCUUCAAGAGGACCAUCGUGCACAAAUCUUAUUCUGGAGGUGUUGGCCCAUACGAUAUUGCUUUGAUUGAAUUGGCAACUCCAUUCAAAUUGAACUCUGCCGUUCAAGCCGUUAAACUGCCAAGUAGAGAUGAAGCACACUCUGGCCAAGUUACUUUGUCCGGAUGGGGAUCAACAUCUACUUCCAAUUUCCCAUCUUACCCCAACCUUUUACAGACCGUUGACAAACCAAUUGUAUCUUAUGCCGAAUGUGAGAAAGUAUUGGGAGGUCCUGGAGCCUCACCACUUCACCCCUUGAACCUCUGCACUGGACCCUUGACCGGUGGAGUAAGCGCUUGCUCUGGUGACUCUGGCGGCCCACUUGUACAAUAUAAUGGAAAUGAGGCUACACUUUUGGGAGUUGUAUCAUGGGGAUACAUUCCAUGCGGAUCCAGGGAUAGGCCUUCUGUUUACACAAGGGUCUCUGGUUACUUGGAUUGGAUUAAAGAAAACUCACAAUAAGUCUUUUACGAAUUUAAAUUAUAUGUCUGAUAUCUUUUUUCAAUAACAUUAAUAAUAAUUAUGCAUGAUCUGUACUAACAACUAACAACCAUUUUCAUUACUUUCCAAUAAACAAUUAACAAU